CGAGCGUUCAUCACAGAUUCCCCGUCCUCCAAACGAGCGGACCAAGACUUGCCGGCCACGACUCGCCCUGCCGCGCUCGCUGCCGCCUUCUCGAAGCUCCUUAACUGGCGCUCAGCACGACAAGCGUCGCGGUGCACCGUAACGCGCGGCCAUGUUCGCGACGCUGCCCGACUUCACGCCCCGAGACUCGCACUCUCUGUGGUACACGUCGUCGCGUGCACCGAUCCCUUCCGCCCACGGGCCCUACAGCGUCCACAAUCACGCCGACCAUCAUCACCAUCAACACCCCAACCACCAGCACAACCAUGCGAGCAACGGCCACCCGGCGGCUGGGGGCCAUCACGCGCGCGCUCGCGGCCACGUCAUUGAGCGCACCGCCCUGGCGCGUCUCGCGGCCGACGAGCAGUACAUGCACCGCCGGAGGCUCAACGUGCAGAACUUUGGCAGCGCCUGGCUGAAGCCGCCCGGCGUCCCCAAGACGCUGCACCAGAUGCGCGAGGAGAAGCGCGAGCAGGAGGAGCACCAGGAGGCCCUGCGCCGCGAGCAGCUGGCCCAGGAGCUCGCCGAGGCCGAGGCCGCGGGCAGCAUGCCCGAGGACAACAUGAUGGACGACGUGCAGCUCGACGGCGCGCAGGACCUAGACGAUGACAUCCCCGACGCUGACGACGACCACUUUGGCAUGGGCAGUGGCGAUGACGACGACGACGACGACAACGGGGAAGAAGACGACGACGAGGGAGAGGGAGAGGAAGACGACGACGACGACGAAGGCGUCGACGAGGAGGCAGUUGCCGCCGACGAAGAGGCCCUGCGCGAGGAGAGGCAAAACGAUCUCAUGGAGGCGCGCAUGCGCAUGGCCGACGACGCAUUCCGAGAGGCCCUCGUGCGCGGCGACACAGACGCCGACGAGCUCUACGUCGGGGACGAGAUGGACCCCGAGGAGGAGGAGGGAGAUCACGGCCACAUGCUCGACGAGGAUGACUUUGCGCACCACCACCACCACCACCAUCUGGCUGCUGGCUCCAACGACGGCGGCAUGGACGCGGAUCUGGACGACGACAUACCCGAGGCAGAGAGCGGGGGCUACGAGCACACCGACUCUGAGGCGGAGCUUAGCAGCAGCAGCGGCGGCGGCGGCGGUCGAGGGGGCCCCUAUGACGAUGACGAUGACGAGGACGAGGACGUGGGUGACCAGGACGAUGAUGAGGGCGACGACGACGAUAAUGACGAUGACGGCCAGGACAUUGGCUUCGCGCCCCGGGCGGCGCCCCUCGGGCCUCCGCAGUCGCCUACUCUGCGCACCGCAAGGGCGAGUCUGGCCGGCCCGCGCACGAGCAUGGACCUGAGCACCCUGCUUUCCCAGGACGAGAGCAGCUUCAUGGACAGCAGCCCCGCGGCGGGGCGGCGUGCCCGGCACGGGUGACGAAGCGUGCCGCAACCCCCUAUCGCCCACCACCACCCCAUCACUCUCUAGGCUCCCACAGAGAACCCUCUUCCUGUUGCCGCCCGCCGAGACAGGAGCCGCGACGCACGCGCGAGUAACAUGAUACCCCGCCGCGCAGCCUUUUGACCACGCCGCAUCGCCGCAUCGCCACCUCUCUGUACACGCCGCGAGGCGACCAAGGGCCCCGCCGCGGGUUCGUUCCUCGUCAGGUCUCACCAGACGAAUAGACUUGGCUGAAGGCGCCCAGCAUCACCCGCAUCCUGUAUUAAGUAUGUAUGGUUAUGAGAGAAAGAAACAUGGGGCCUAGAAAAAACCAUAGCCAGCCAAGGGAAAGAAGAAGAAACUGGGAG